AUGGCUUCUAAAGAGAUUUUACAGAAGUUACGAGAGGACAGACUGGCUAGGGAACAGGCGAGGAUACAAAAGUUAAGAGAACUCAACUUAAAAAAGUAUGGACAGGGCGAAGCAAUUAGAAACAAUCUCCAGAAAUCCAAAUCAGAUGCCUCAAGUGCACCGAAAAAAAUAUCCAAUAUUAUUAAUAAUUUAAAGCCAGAUAUUCCAAAACGACCAGCCACAGUGUCUAACGGACUUUCAAAGACAACAGACAAUAUACCCAGUUCUAAUGGAAUCCCAAAGAAAGCACACUAUCUUAAUAACUUGGCAAGAAAAACAGAUAUAAAACCCUCCACCAAUGGUGAUGUUAAGAACAAUAUAAAAAAAGAUGAAAACAAAAUCAAUAGACUCGUUAAUAAACCCAUCAACAAUAAUUCCGUAAAGGAGAACAACAAUGGUAACAAAAUUAAAAGUAAUUUGGGUACUAUUCCGAUAACUAAAAAUAAGCAUUCUCUCUCUGCUAUUGCAGCACCUAAGCCAUUUGCACCCAGAAAGAGCUGUGUGCCAGUUUUAGCGGAGAGACGUGAAUCAGUCUUUGAGAGAUUAUAUAAGCCUAAAACAACACACAAUGAAUGUACGCAUAAUCAUGAAAAGCCAAAGUUAGUGCAAAAUGCAACAUCCCUAUCACAGAAUAAACGUCACACUAUCUCCGCAAAUAAACUUCCUGUCCGUAGAUCGAUAUCAGCUGUACAUUUGAAGAAAAUCAAUAGAAGUGAACUAAAGAAUUGCAUGCACAAAUGGGCAUCUAUAGGUGAGAAAAUAAACCAAAUUCCCCUUCAAAAUAUUAACGAAGAUGAUACUAUUCAGGAGGUUGUAUCUGCUAUUAAGAGUGAACGGAAGGUCAAGUUCCACACACCUAGCAAUCCAGAUGACAUGAGGUUGAAGCUUCAGAAAUGGUUAGAAAAACACGGAAAGUCUGUAGACUCCUACCACCAUUUGCAAUGUUUUGGAGUGCAACGUUCUUCCGAUAUACCAAAGCUCGAUUUUGAUGAGAACAAGGAAAACAUCUCAUUGGAGCAUGAUAGUGACAAUGAAUCUUAUACAGAGUUGAAUAAUGGUUUGGACAAAUGGAGGUCUCCGAGUUGCAUGGACAGUGUUGAAUUGAAUGAGAGUAACGAGACAACUUUGACAACAGCACUAUCACCAAAAGUGGAUGAGCUACUUCUUGGAGCUUUUAAUGAUUUGACCAGUAUAUUGAGGAGUGGCUUUAGUUGGGAGGAGGGGGCGCGCUGGCUUCGCGCCAUCCGCGACACCUACAACAAUGCGCAAGACACGGCCGCUUACUGGGAAUGUAGAGCAGCCUUAGAGGAGAGACGAGGAGACAUGCCUGCCUCAGUGCAGUGCUGGGAGCAGGCUUUGGCCAAGGGGACGGAGCAUUCAUUAGCGGAAGCAAACAUCGACCAGCUGUUAGUGAAAUUCAUGCAGCUGAAAAUUAACCCAGAACUCAACAAGACUGUGGACCCCAAACUCCUUGACGCAAAGAAUGUAUUCAAGAGCACAUUACUACGUUUUGCUGUGCAGGAAGCAAAGACGAAGCAAACCCUUACCCCCAAAACAAUGGUGACGCCAGUCCGCCGUAGCGCAAGACUCAACCACAAGGAGACACCGUUAAAAUUAUUUAACACCAUACAACAAGCUAUUGAAGCAGAGCAAGCUGAGUUUAGACCAAAUAGGGCAAUUGCGCCCACGCCAUAA